UUCAAAGAGCUGAAUGUUGCAACAUGAAAUUCUUCGCUACUUUGUUUUUCGCCCUUGUGGCAGUACAUGCCAGUACUUAAUCUCCUAUUGAGGAAACCAUGACCGCCUCAAAACUUGUCGCCGACAUCGUCGACUUUGUCGUCGCUGAAACCUCACUUAUUCUUCUGCAACCUUUGAACAUCUGGGCCGAAGAACUAGACUCCAACAAGGACAACUACGAAAAAGUCCUCGUGAAUCGUUUGACCGAAGUUUCAACUACAAUCAACGAAGUAGCCAUUUCUUUGUUGGAAGCUGCAAGUGUAGACGCCAGCGACAGCGGCAAAACUUUCAUCAAUUGCCUCGCAGGCGAACAGGCUGGAGUCAACGCCCUUAUUGGCGCCAUGCAGCAGCAAAUGGUCGACUGCGCAUUCGUAAACUACGAGAACGCCACCGGUUUGGUCAAGACCGUUCUGAAGCAGAUGGAUGAAGUUCUAGAUAACUUCCUUACUCUGAGUUCUGCAUUGGCCGACUGCACCGAAGGAGACUAUUACUGUUUGGGCUCUUUCGCCCAGAAUGUUAUCCUACAAUUCGAAGUUUCUGUUCUCACCACCAUAGCCGAUCUUGGUGAAGUAAGAGAUCUACUUUACAGCGUUGUAGAAAGCACACAACAUUGUCCAACCUCUGAAGAUGUUAAAGAACAUGUCGUAGAAGUUCUUAAUAACAUCGCAACAUGUGUUCACAACAAACAAUAAUUAUUUUCACUUCCAAUCGAGCUUGUGGUGUUUUCUAUGCCAAAGCACAACACAGCGUACUUAACAAAAUCUCUGAUUUUGUGUAUGUUAGGUUAGUUCUUCAGCAUCCGGUAUUUUUGUACCUUUUAGCUUUAGGAUAUAACUGGUAAAGGUAGAGUUUUAAGUGUUGUCAUUUUGUAUAGUCAGUUUGUCAUAAUUGUUGAGUCGACUUGAAAAGUAAAACAUUAUUACAUACCUAUUAGUUUGCUUCAAACAUUUUGCAUUGAAAACGUUAUUCAGAAACUGUAAAUGUUCUCUAUACAAUAUUUAAAAACCAAAAUUUAAGCCAUGCUUAUUUUGCAACAUUUUAUUCCCAGACCCCCUUUCGAAUUCCGAAACUUGCUGACAAACAAAUCGCAUAUGCCCGUUUCCAUCGCAAAUAUUAUUACAUGUGCAUCCAUGAUUUUGCUGCUGUGCCAAGAGCGUCAGGCAUCAUCCUCAAAAGAAAACAUAAUUCCGAAAUGGAGCGUACGCGCAAAUCGUUUGCCAUAAAUAAUGCAUUAAAAUCUUAAUUUUCGUUUCUUUAAGCUGGCUUUCUGGAAAACAUAAGGAAUCUGUUCAUUUAGAACGUGGUCCAAGUUUAUUUUUCUUCUGAUGUUCUGCCAAAGAAAUCUGCACGCCUGAUUUUGGUUUUCGAGAAACAAUUAACUGAUACAAGAAAAGCCACAAAAGUAAUGAGGACACGAAACAAACAAGCGAAUUAAAGGAUAAAUAAAUAAUUAGGCAAAAGGGGUGUGGACAUUUUCUUUCAGCAAGGGCUUAUUUAUUAUUAGGAACUAAUAAGUAGGUAGGUACUUUAAAUCAAGACUUUUUUAUUAUAGUAGGAAAUGAGUAGUUAGAUCUCCUUUUGACCCAUUUCAAAAAAUUAUUAUGUAUUUUUGAUGAUUCAUCAAUUUUAUAUGUUCCAACGACUUUUGACGAAAAAAUAGACUGUAUGCAAAGGGUCGAGAAAAAAAAAUUGUUUGUUCAGGAAAAAUUAGGGGCCUUUUGUCGUCUAAAAGGCAAAAUACCUUAAACAUCAAAAGAAUGCCCAUUAACUUUUUUUGUUUAAUAACUAUAGCUUCGAAUAAAAUAGCGCGCUGUAACAAGGUUUUUGCCUUCGCAGCGCCAUUCUUCUUUGAAGCCUUCUCACACUGGCAUUUUUAAUAUCAUUUUUCGCUGGGAUAUAGAAAAAUGUCCCACAAUAUCCUUCAAGCAGAGGGUUGUCCUUUUUUCUUUAUCACCAUUGAUUUUAAUAAUGCAUUGUCUACUUUUAUGUCCCUAUUAUCCCGGUAACGACCAGGAACAUGAAGCAUUUUGUAGACACUUUUGGAGUUUUUUCUUUCCACUGGACACCAUUAUUAUUUUAUUAUUUUCAACACAAAGUGUAUCUUCUUAACAUUGUGACAAACUUUAAUGAAAGUCUUCUGUUUAAAUUGGGUUAUUGUUGAAGCCCUAUGCAGUCCCAAAGUUCAGACUUGAUGGAUGCAUGGGAAAGAUUAAUCUCUCUGUCUGGUUUUGUGUUUUGAAUUGUUGUGUUGCAUUGUUACACUGCGAACUGCAUGGAUCUAUUGUGUCCCCCUGGGUGCUUCAGUUGAUAGGAUUCCCAGUCAAAGCACCUCAUCCAGCUUUAAAGGUUCUAUGAACGCAAGUAAGCUUGAUGGUUCUAUGGAUGGAAUCAUCCCUGGGGAGCUCGAGGAACGGAAUAAGUUUUCUUAGAGAUGCUUAUUCUCUCCUUCCAAGCCAAACUUCCUCACCAGCACUCUCUCUCGUGAUUCUAGUAAUUGCUUGUCUAGCGGUCUUCUCCACCACCAUGUGAAAAGGAGCGAGACCUACAAUUGUCUCGAUGAUGGCUGCUGUAGGACAAGUUUGCACGCCAGGCGCUGUAGUACCCAACGUAGUGCGACAAAUCACCAGUUGUGACGUAGACAGCAUAUCGAUUCUCGCCUUGACGUAGGCUGUUUGCACUACAGCUUAUGAUUCCGCAAACUUUUGCUUUAUGCAUACUUGGUUUUAGUACAUUAAUUAACAUUCUCAAACAACUCCUUUUCAGAUCUCGUUUUCAUCUUUCUUUUUGUCUAUUAUGUUAAUCAAACAAAAUUUCACAAUAAUUUUAUUCAUAAAUUUAAGUUCUAAACUACGACCGCUAGCGCAAACAGCUGACGACUUAGUUAUGACGUCGGAAAUGGUGACACACCAAUAUGGCGGUGAUUACCAAAAACCAGGCCGAUAAGCAAUUCGUAGUAGUGUGUAUUAUCCUUGAAUUGGCCUUUCGAUUAGUAAUGCUUUUGGGAUCAUCAAUUCCUUUGUAAGCGUUUACGCUUUGCAACAAGAAUUGCUAAUUCAAUGUCGUAUUCUUCAAAUUAGGAUUAUUCUUGUGGUUAUCAUAAGUCGUCAGCUGUUAUAAUUUUUCUCAGAUUAUUGAGGAAAACCACCUAUUUAAAAUAUUAUUUCUUCAAAUCUUAACUUUUUAAAAAAAUGUUUACUGAAUAAAAGUAGAUGUUGCAUUACCAUGUUACCAUGUAUUAUGUUUUUUUUUUUCAAUUUUUAUGUUUUUUUUGUUGGUUUAUAACAUUUUUCAUAACAUGUGCAUUGUUUAUGUAUUUAACCAAAAUCGUUUCAUGCUGUAAACAACACAGAUAAAGAGUAAAUUAAAACCUAAGAAAUUAUGUGCUCUCUUUUUGUGCUGAUAUUUUGAUUUUGUGUAUUCAGAGCGUGCAUUUGGGCCUUGUUGAAUUUACUAACAUUUUCCAACCCUGACGAGAGAAUAUCCUAACAAAUUGAAAUAAUCAAUCUAGAGAUAUUGGCUCAAAAACAACUAUAGCUGAGUAGCUUCCCGUAUGGGACCUCAGUACCUGCUGGGAAACUGGCUACCUAAUCAAAAACUCUUCAGUUUGGAACAUAGGUAGUGUUAAUUGUAUGUAGUGUGUGUAAUUAAAAUUUUAGCAAAAGAACAAAGGCGGUACCUAGUUUCAACUUUUAUUGAAUUAUUGACUCACAAUUAUUAUUCAAAUGACACAGUAUGUUUCGAUUUUUAAGGAAUGUUAGACCGAGGGUUUC